AUGCUAAUUUACAAGAGUUCAAUAUAUCUGUAAUUUUCAAUAAAAAAUACAAUUUUUCUGGUGGAGGUGGGAAUGAGGUAACAAACUGAAUUGUAAUACAUCAUCAUCAAUUCAUUUUCAUUGGUAAUAGCUGUUUUAUUAUUUGGAAUGGAAUUACUUAAAAAAUAACCAAACUAUAUGAAUCGAGUGGGUGCCUUGAUAUUGUGCUUAUUGAAUGUGGAGUUGGUGUAUCACGAGAUUUCAUCGAUAAAUACAAUUCAGUUGGUAAUGUUCAUCGUAAUAUUAAUUACUCAAUUUGAUGAUGAAUUGAGAUGGCAUUAAAUUGCAAAACAUUCAAUAAUAUUUUACUUAUUUUUGAGGACACUCAUACAAUACCAAGAGUUGUUCAACCUGACUUAAUUGCUGACGUGUGUGUUGUGGCAACCCAUCAAUCAUUUGAUGCUAUACAAAAAGACAUAAUUGGUAAUAAAUCAAUUAAAGAAAUAAUCGCUGGAUUCGAGUAAAAGUUAAUUUGAAAUUACUCCACAACUAUGUAAAGACUCUUCAGAAUAGGAUGAAUAAUGCAGUAGUCAUUUCUAGGGUAGUUCUAGGAUAUCCUAAAACUUGAAGCAGUUGAAACAACUGUACUUGAAUAAUCCAUUUUCUCAUUUCGCAGACAUGGAUUAGAAAACCUUCUCUCAAUUCCAGAAAUAGGCAUCAACUCUAGAUGUUCCAUAAAUCUGGAAUUUGUUGCCCUUUGGCAUAGCACUCAUCAACAGCAAAUACGAAAUCUUGAACUACAAUUAAAAAUUAUUAUACUUCUUAAAAGCAUCAGAUAGUGAUGGGAGGAAUAUCAUCCUAAAUUUGGAUUUGUUAUUAGAGAGUCCUGAAUCAUGGGAGAGUAAAUCCAUAAAUUAAUUUAGCUCACAUUGUAGCAAUCGUUAAAGCAGGAGAUUUCAAACCAAAAGAUAGUUGUCACUCAUAUCCAAAAGCAAUAAUGAAUAAAGUUCAUUGAAUCCAGACGGUGGCACUCAUUCUCAUCUCAAUGGAGACUUUGCCUUCAUAGCCAGCAAUUCCAAUUAAAUCAGAGAUGAGAUCAUGACCACCAAAUCUAGGUAUCGCAAUCUAGACAAGUUGCUUAAGCAAUUCGCUUUGAAAUCCUAUUCACUAAAUAACAAUGGGGAUUGUUCAUUCCAAUCAAUUGGUCAAAGUAUUUAAAUAAUCAAGAAAGUCCAAGACAUUGGUUCUAAAAAAUAUCACUUCAGAAUCAAAGUCUAUGAAUUAGAUGCUACUGAAAAUAAAAUCAAUUAUUUGUUUGUCAUAGAGAACAUCACCAAUAAAGAGGAAUUGCGCUAAUUGAGUGUAAGAUACAAAUUUUAAUAAGUUCUGUUAAAUUCUUUAUGUCAUGAAUUAAGAACACCCAUGAAUAACACUUUAUCACAAUUGAAUGCAUUAACAUCCUUAAUUUCCCCUUAAAUUAGAGAUAAGAAUCUCAUUCCUGCCAUCAUCUCUGCCAAAAAACUAAUGUUUCUAUUAAAUGAUAUUUUGGAAUAUGCCCAAAUAGAUUGUAAGAAUUUUCAUUUAGUGAAUUCCCAAUUUGAACUCAAUGAAAUCAUCGAUAUCAUAAGAGAACUUUUUCAAUAGGAAUGCAAUGAGAAGAAUAUUCAACUGAGUCUAAAUUUUCAAAACAUCAAAGAAACUUAAAUUAUAUUCAGUGACAAAGAACGAAUUAUUAGGAUUUUAGUUAAUUUGAUAGACAAUUCCAUUAAAUUCACUAAUGAAGGAGGAGCCAUCUCUGUCACUAUUUAAUAUGACAAUCAACACAUAUACUUUUGUGUUUUGGAUAAUGGAGUUGGUAUUUCUGAUAAAAUACUCGCCAAAAUUAAAAACAACAAAGAUUUCCAAAUGUAGGACUAGUAUCAUAAAAAUGAAACUAAACUUGGUUUGGGCUUGAAAAUAUGUUAAUAGAUUGCCAAAUACCUCUGUGUUGAUAAAGAGCUUAAAAUUGAAAGUAAAGAAAAGCAAUUUACUAAAAUUUCAUUCAGAAUAGAAUCUAAUUAUAAGUAAUUGAAUAAUCUAAAAUUUCCAUCUUUUCAAGGGUGUAAUUUCAACGUUAAUUGUGAUUGCAUACAAAUCUUAAAUGUUGAUGAUGUGAGAUUUAAUCAUAAUGCAAUUGAAGCUCUAUUGAAUUAACACAACAUAAAAAUGGAAAGUGCCUACAAUGGAGAAUAGGCUGUUUAAAUGGUCAAGAAAAGAUUUACUUAAAGUUGUUGUUGCAAAACAUAUAAAUUAAUAUUCAUGGACAUUGAAAUGCCAAUCUCAAAUGGAUAUUAAGCUUCAAAAGAAAUAACAACCAUUUUAAAUAAAAACAAAUUGACAGACUAAACUGUUAUUGUGAUGUGUUCCGCUUAUAAUGGAGAUGAGAAUAGUAAUAAAGCAAAGGCUUGUGGUAUCAAAGAGGUAUUGCCCAAGCCUAUUGAGUAAAAAUAACUCAAACAAUUACUUGACAAAUAUUUAUUAUGA